AUUCCCUGGAUGAUCUGCGAACCGAUGUCCCCGAUGCGGAUACCAUGGUGGCAUCCUUCUUGGCACGAGCCGUCGUGGACGAAGUCUUACCCCCUGCCUUUUUGUCAGACCAAAACAACAGUCGACCAGGAGAUCCAGUCAUUGAAAAGGCCGUCACGUUGCUGAGUCGGGAACAUUGCAACGCCCGUCUAGAAAAGGUCUGGGGACCUGGAGACGGACGUCCCGUGGCGGAGCUGAAACAAGAAAUGGAUCAAUUGCUCCAGGAAUACCUCAUGUCGCGAGAACUGGAUGAAGCGGCACGAUGCGUCAAGGAACUGGGCGCCACACACUUUCAUCACGAAUUAGUCAAACGUGGUGUCAAGAUUGCCAUGGAGUUGGAUGGAAAUGCCGCUCAGAAUGCGGCCGCUCCCCAUGAUUUGAGCAACAUGGAUGCCAUGGCGGCGCUGUUUGCCUUUUUGGUACGGAAUGCUAUUGUGUCGGAAUAUCAGGUCACCAAAGGGGUGGCACGCUUGCAUUCCUUGCUGGAUGAUUUGUCGUUGGAUGUCCCGGCAGCGCCCAAGCUUUUGAAAGAGUUCGAAGUCAUGGCGGAGGAAGGAGGAUGCUUGGUCAAGCCGCGUCCUAAUCCCAAUGGAGGAGUAGCAACUGCCAAUGGCGAAGCACCCAAGAAUGGUGUUGUCGUAGCUGCAGAAGCCUCCUAGAGGAGAGCAACGAACCAAUACGACACGACAUUCUAGAUGACGCAACAAACUUGGUCUGAAAAUUGCAUAUUCCUAUCUGCUGUUUUUGGACGCGACGAUGAUACAUUUUCUGCUGCUUACACUUGGAAGAGUUCCUCCAAUAACGACACCUUUGCACGAGAUAUUACCUUUUGGCAUGCGCUUUCUUUGCCCAGCCUUCUGCACACCUAACUAAAACACGUUGUACAGUACAUGUAGAUUUUAUGCAAGUAACAGGAUCUUCCGUUUCUCAAGACUAGACUACUGCCACCGAACGCCUCUCCUUCGAUGCUCACAAAACACUCUAGCUACGGUAGCUACACGUAACCA